AGGCUACUGUGAGGUAAAUUUGUGUGGUCACGCUGGUCUAUGACGCGGGCGAUUCUACACUCGUGGGGCCUCCCGAAAUGACUGCGAGUCACGAGAAGUCCCACGCCACAGCGCGCACCUCGCGCAUUUCACGGCCACGGCGCCGCAGCUCAGGGAUUCACGUGGGGUGGGCUGGCAAAAACCCACAGCAAACCCACAGCUGUGCGGAAAUGACACAGUACCGUCACGUCACGCGAGAGGGCACUGACUAGAGAAAAAAAGCAGCGGAGAGAAACACGGACAACAGUUACCCGUGGACAAAUCCACUGGAUUUAAACACGCGACCAUGACUGAUGCCUCCUAACCUACUGCACACAGCUGCCCGGCCUCGCAAAGGCGUAUGCAGUCCAAAGAAGGACCGCAGCAGGGAGCCGCUUGUCUGUCUGUCUCCCCGGUUGUACCGAUCCGUGGGGUUUCCACUGGAAGAAUGAGGAAGUGGAGCCGGUGGACGGGGGUCGGUACGGUGAAGCAGCGCCUCUCCGGUGCUCUGGCGAGACUUCACGGUGCAAGACAUGAAAAACAAAUAGGAAAACAUUCUCACAGAACUUCAACGUGGAGAAAAUUCACUCUGGGAAUGUUUAGUUUAACACGCACCAUAAUUAUCUCACGCUUGCCAUGACAUUUGUUAUUAGUCGUGAGUAAUACUGACUUCACUGUCUUUCAGCAGGACAAAUGCUUCCACUUUAAAAAAAAAAAAAAAAAAAAAAAAAACAUUAUACAGAAAGAUUUUUGUCAAUGUCUGCUGUGACUGACAAGUGUAAAGGAAACGUGCAAGAGAAAUGUGUGUGGUCAGAUAGAUGUGUGAUUAUCACAUAAUAUCAGUAAUAAUCAGUCAUGGGUCUUGUGUGUCUCUUCCCAGGAUAUGAGCUCUUCUGUGUGCAUGGUUAAUGCAGAAGGACAAGUGCCUGAUAAAAAAGUUAAAGUCGAGAAAGAUGCAGAAGACAUUAUUGAAAAUUCAGAGGGAAAGAUGGAGAGCUUCUUUAAGCGCAUUACAAAACGUUCAGCUGCACACGCAGGCCCUGAAGUGGAACAGCCCACUAGUGGGAAGAGGGUCAAGGUGACAACACAGGUAGGAGAACAUCUUGACGGCAGUUCAGAUGAUGGAAGCAGGUCAUGCUCUCACAGUCACAGAUUAUCUCCUCAGGAGCAGAUUUCCAUCUCUUCAUACAGGAAACCACUCUACAGCAUCACACAUCGUAUUUCUGAGCGUAAAGCUGCAUCCAAUCUAGACCAGCACGGAGCCCACAAUGGAGUCAGAGCGAGCCAUAAUGGUGUCCACUUCCAAAAACUGGGCAAUUCUAGAAAGCAUCACAUGUUUAAGGCCUCCCCUAGUGUGGGGGUCACGGGGUCUCCUGCUGCCUUGGAUUCUCACCUCUACCCGCUCAUCGAGAAGAUGUUCUUCCUCCUCAACACACUGAAUUCCAGUAUGACCCAGCUGCACAGUAAGGUGGACUUGCUCUCGCUGGAAGUGACCCGCAUUAAAAAGCAGAUGAAGCCCUCUGAGAUGGUCAUGGAAUUUCAACCACCUCCUGAAUACCAGUUGACUAGUGAUGAGCUCACCCAGCUGAUGGAGCAAACGUCCACUGCGGGCGAGCUUGGCUGCAGACUCCUCGUUCAACUGUUCCCAGAACUUUUCACAGCAAAGGAAUGCACGCACGGCUGCAGCCUUACAACUAAACGGACAUUAGAUUCAUUGCACCUUCAGUUAAUACGUAACUAUGUGGAAGUCUGCUACCCGCUGGUGAAAAAUGAAAAUGUCUGGCAGACGGAGUGCUUGCUGCAGAUCAAUGAUUUCUUGAAUCGUUUCUGGGCUCAGAAGGACAUGGAGAGUGGUCAGAUGUGUGACAAACAGGCUCCGAUGGUUGUCGGGUUUGACAUGGAACCGAAUCACGCUUUCCAUUUCAUCAGUGAAGAUGCCCAGGACGAGAGUCUUUCCCUCAACUCUGGAGAUAACAAUGAUGUUCAUCCCAAUAAUGUCAGCUCAGAUAUAGUGUUUGACCCCCAUGAGACUGCUGGUGACGACUCUGAAGACUUAACUUCCCCAGAGGAGCUUGUCGUGUUUUUGUUGAACAGACUCUUCCCAGAGGUGUUUGAGGAGGGCAAGUUGCCAGAGGGCCACAACAGCAUUGGACAGUUGAUCAUUGAUUCGGACAGACUGGAAAUUAUAAGAAAAUACAUGGAGGCCAAUUUCCCUGAUAUCCCAGAGGAAACCUGGCUGCAGUUGUGUGUACAACGAAUGGAGGAAGCAUUGGAGAACACUUCAGUAAAUGGCAGUGGUCGUGACAACCGAGAGAUGUAUGAUACCACCCGUCUCCCUGAUAACAUCUCCAUUGUUAAGAUCAGUGACCUGUGUGAUUACGAGAAACCAAAUCGCAGGUCUAAAAAAUCAUGGCUCGAGCCUGUAGAUUUCGAUAAACUACAGAUCCCUCCUCCAGACUUUGAUGUUCCACAGGAGUUUUUACUUACUAAGGAACAGCUAAAAAGCAACUACGAAUGCAGUUUAUCAAUUGGGAACUUUGCAUCUCGUCUCCUGGUUCUCAUGUUCCCUGAGCUCUUCACUUACGAGAAUGCACGAAAAUACUACAACUGCAGCGGAUCUCUAGGAAAGAAACAGCUGGAUCCUAUACGAAUCAAUCUCAUCCGACAUUAUGUCCAGCUACUCUACCCGCAAGCUAAGAACGACCGUGUUUGGACUCUUGAGUUUGUCGGCAAACUUGAUGAGCGUUGCAGGCGACGGGAUACUGACCAACGACGUACAUACCAGCAACAACGGAAGGCCUGUUCGCCUGACCAAGAGCCUGACCCAAAAGACUCUAUGCUAACUGCUGGCCUAAUUAACGUUCUCUCUUCAGAUCGUGUGAAAGAGGACUCUGAAGUCCUGUCUUCACCCCUGGAGAAAAGCAGCAAAGACUUCUGCAAAAUUCCUCUUGAGGACCUUUCGGUGUCCACCCCAGACUUCCCAGUGCCUUCUGACUUCCUGCUCACAGAUGCUGAAGUGAGGGAGAUUGUCCAACAAAGUCUGUCUGUAGGAAAUUUUGCUGCUCGCCUUCUCGUCCGUCUCUUCCCAGAGCUUUUCACACAGGAAAAUUUAAGGCUGCAGUACAACCACUCUGGGGCCUGCAACAAGAAACAGCUAGACCCUGUGCGCCUCAGACUUAUUCGUCAUUACGUGGAGGCCGUCUACCCUGUUGACAAAAUGGAGGAGGUAUGGCACUAUGAAUGCGUGCCAAGCAUUGACGAGCGCUGCAGGCGCCCCAAUCGCAAGAAAUGUGACAUUCUAAAGAAGGCAAAGAGAUCAAACAACACUGUGACUUAUUCUUAAACAAUGUUCCUGCAAAGUGCAGACCUGUUUUCCUAUAUUUUACACAACAUACCUGUUAUUUGCACAAGUCCAUAAGCUGAAGCAUAUUGAAACUUGUCCUUGUUUGAGGUGCAGUUCAUGUCCAUGGCCUUUAAACAGGAUGGGAUAGUAGGUGACAGAAAGGUUUGUGAUUGAAGCCACUAUCACAUGACAGAUAUUAGUGUUACUAUUUAUAUGCCAAAAUAUUAUUGAUGUUAUUCUAAUGAUUAAUAGAUAAGCUAAAGUUAGCCUUAAAUCAACUUAAAUGUAAACGUUUAGUUCUUUAAAAAAAUAAUAGGUUACUUUAGUUUGGGAUGAGGGCAGAGAAGAGAUAUAUAUAUUAAGAUAUAUAUUGUUUUAAGUUGUAGCAAUGUUUAAGCACUGGCUUUUUCUAAUUAUCAACAUAUUGAAGUAUGUCCUGCCUUAUAGGAAGUCAAUCUUAUUCACCUGUACUAAACUAUAGCACCAGGUUAUAUGUUAUAUAUUUUUAAAUAAAAAGUAACUUCCUAGCCAAAA